AUUUGGCUUGCCAUAUUACGUUAAGAUGCGUGUUUUCGUUCGUGCCUGAAUUGGAUUGGAGUUGGACUGGACAGUAAAAUUUAAUUUUUCAGGAUCAGGUGGUUGAAGACUUGGCCAAGAGGGAAAAACUAUAUCUCCGAUUACAAAGCCAUUGAAGACUCUUAAACAGAAGAUUUUGAAAGAAAAAAACUUCUCUGCUUCAUCAUGGGUUUGGCUGUCAGCAAUCUGUUCAGCCGUUUAUUUGGCAAUAAGGAGAUGAGGAUAUUGAUGGUGGGCUUGGAUGCUGCCGGAAAGACCACAAUCCUCUACAAACUCAAGCUUGGAGAAAUUGUCACAACCAUCCCCACGAUAGGUUUCAACGUAGAGACGGUGGAGUACAAGAAUAUAAGCUUCACAGUGUGGGAUGUUGGUGGUCAAGACAAGAUCAGGCCUCUGUGGAGGCAUUACUUCCAGAACACACAAGGUCUGAUUUUUGUUGUAGACAGCAAUGACAGAGAGCGCGUCACUGAAGCCAAAGAGGAGUUAAAUCGUAUGCUUAACGAAGAUGAACUCAGAGAUGCUCAUCUACUUGUGUUUGCAAAUAAACAGGAUCUUCCCAAUGCGAUGAGUACGUCCGAUUUAAGUAAUGCCCUUGGUCUGUCAAGUCUGCACCGCCGAAGUUGGUACAUCACCGGAACGUGUGCGACCACGGGGGACGGACUCUACGAAGGCCUAGACUGGUUAUCGAGUCGAGUCAAACAGAAAUAAUGCAUAACAGGCAAUGGUGAUUUAAAAUGAAUAUUCCGUGGUGAACUUUGUGGCUGAAUAACCAACCUCAAAGUUUGUCAACAUGUGAAAUCAGGAUGAAAAUGCAAUCAUGCAAUAAAAUCGCAAAUAAACUCUUAAAAGUUAUCUGAUCAGGAAUUCUAACUGCUUGAAGUAUUAUAGUAAAACAUACGUUGUAAAAUGCAAAAUCUUUGGCAUACAGUAUGUGUUGUCCAUUGAUUCAGUGUAGGGGCUCAUUUCCUUCAAAUAAUUACAAGUACAGCUGUGGUUUCUUUGCCUUUGUUACUACAAUGGAAACCUUGAUUGUGAUUGGCUGCUGAACCCUGUUACCAUGGUUACUUGACAGUGGCAAAUUUACAAUAGUUGUAACUCAUUACAAAGCAGGCCCCAGGACCCUGCAACAUGAAAAGAUAUAAUCAAUAUUUACUAUUGAUUGUAACUUUUGAUACAAGGUAACAUACUUACUGUCCUGAUGAAGCCCUAUGCGUGAAAAUUUGAUCAAAAUUUCUCUCGACGGUUGUUUUAUUCACCUUGCAUUUUGUGUGCCAUACUUAGAUAGACAAUCACAUUUAAUUUGGAAAUUAAUUAUUUUCUGCUACUUGGUCCAGUUGUAAUUACAUCUAUGUUAUUACUUUCAAACAACUCACAUGUAGAAUGCAGGGAGAUAUUUCUUUAUGGAAAGAGUACCACGCCCAGACAAUGAAAUAUAUAGUAGGACAUACAUUACACAUACAUGUAUGUCAUUAGCGAAGAGUAAUAUUCAGAUAUUGUUGUAAGCUGAUGCUAUCGGCUUCUCUGCUCCAGUGACCACUGUAUUAUGUUUCGUAGGAAUCGGCCCAUUGUUAUUAAUGUCAAACGGGAAGAUGCUGAUUUCUAAUACACUCACAGCUUCCGUCAAGAAGGGGAAAUGCAUUGUAGGUAUUUGUGCCAUAUACCAUAUAACAUUCACUCUGAUGAAAUCUCUCCGAAGCCAUAAAUUUCAAGCUUGCAUUUACAUUAUAAUAUUAAAUGUUUCCUAUCUUAAUGUGGUUCUUUCAUCAUGUUUUAAUGAUGAAGAGAACUAUUCCAGGCAUUAUUCCCAGUAAGUUAUGAAUGAUUUGAGUGUCAAAUGAGUUGACUUCUUGAAUUUGUAGGCCUAGAGAGGGUUUUUCCAAUUGAUCUAAUGCCAAUUCGUCUAUUUACCAACUCCUCUACUAUCAGAUGGUCUAUCAUCAAUUAGUCCACUAUCCACAUGGUCUAAUUGCCAUUUCGUCCACUCAACAUAAUUUUGUCUAAUAAGUAAACCAGUUUCCAAUAGCCAUUUAUAUGUAGUCCAUAAACCAUUUGGUCUAAUUGGAUAAGUGUUAAUUGGGUGAAAUGAAUGAAAAGAAAAUGGGUAUUAGACCAAUAGGUUAUUAGACGGAAUGGUCAUAGACAAACUGGUGAUUAGACGAAGUGAUUAUUGGUCAAAUGGUUGUUUAUAGACAAAUGUUGAUGGAUGGAAUGGCAUUAGACUAAAUGAAGGUAGACCAUGUGAUGAGUGGACGAGAUGGCAAUAGAUGAAUCGGCAGUUUACCGUUAGAGAUACCUGUCAAACUAGGCUAUCCAUAACAUGUAGUUCAGAAUUCAGUCAUAUUUUAAUAUAUAUUGUACAAUGAACAGUAUAUACAUUUUUUUUGCUCUCAUCCAAUAUACAAAUUUUGACUCGCUUGACAUUUAUACCAAAUUUCAAUUCGUUAAGUUUAAAUACUCGAAUCUUUUUUCCAUUAAUUUAAUUUAAAUUAUUGAUAAUCCAGAUUGACAAACAAAAAUUUUGAAUUUACACUCAGUUUUUUGGGAGAUAUUUCAAUUUGUUUAUUGUGACUCGCUUGAGGCGACAUUAUUAGAGAUUCCCCACCUUAUAUGACUAGAAUUUCCUCAUAAGCUGCUCAUUAGAUUUAGAUCAAAAUCUUUGGAGAUUAUUUUGACCAAUGAGCAUGAGAAAAUGCUUCGUAAAAGUUUCAUGUGACCGGCUCGCUUAAAACCUGCAAACAUUGACUCGCCAACCACUUUUUAACCAAUAUUCAAAAUGUUGGUUCUGAAACCAAAAUCUUCUAGAUAGAUUGAUAUUUUUUUUUCUCGUGAUUUAUUAUCAGUUUCGAUUGACCUGGAUGUUCACAUAUUAUAAAGCAUAAUGUUUUGAUAUUUGAUAUUCUUAAUAUAUUCACUUCUAUUCGUAAGAUACUUUUGAAAUAUAUAUGUAUAACAGUGAUUGUCAUUGAUUAUGUAGCGAAAUUAUUCUAAUACAACCGUAUGUUGUGGCUUGUAGAAAUAAUCGGGAAAGCAGCAAUUGAAGCAAAACUGGAAUAGAAUAUGUUUUUGCAUAAUCGAAAAGUUGUAUGGUUGUAUUACUUCUUGUUUUACUUUGAUAUUUAUAAAAUGAAAAGGUAAUUACAGUCUCCUUAUAUUUGCAUUUUUGGGGGCAUGUAAAAAGUGUAUGGAGUAAUUGAAAGGCAUUCUUGGUUAUUUUGUUUUAAUUAAAUAAUGAACAGUGUAUUUGUAUUCAAUUUUUUUAUAUAAUAUUUUUCCUUUUUUGAAGAAAAGUUCUUUCUAAGGGAAAGCAUUCAAUGAAAGAUGAGCAAAAUCAAAAGGCGGAUUGGUGAAAGCUUGAAUUUGACUGGAUUUAAGGUAGAAAUUAUUUUUUAAGCAGUACGUAGCUGUAUAUCACAUGUAAACCGAUAAUUCAUUGUUUUCUUAUUCAGAAAUACACGUUCCAGUAAUUUACCUACUCCAACUUAUAAGUUGAAAUAUAACCCUGAAAUAUUUAGCCAAAAUGUUGAACUCUUGCCAGCUGAUACAAUCCCUACUUUUCUUAUGUUUUCAGCUAGGAAUCCAUUAAUGCAACUUUUUUAUUGGAUUUGUGUUCCCAAGCAUUAGUGAUAUUGUGAAGAAAAAUAAACUUUUACCAUUAAAAAAUAAAGAUAAAAUGCAAAUUUUACACAGCACAGUAGCGGACAAGCGGAUGUAUACAAAUUAUUGCACAGUAUCCCCUGCAGGCAGUUUGCAAUAAAGCAGGAUAUUUUUUUUUUACUGAUUAUUCACAGACAGAGUAUUGUGAGUGUCAAAUGACCUGAUAAAUUGCACUUGCUAUGUUUGAGAUCUUUGCCACCAUUGGCUUUCCAGAGGUAAACAAGAUUCGAGAUUAAUUAAAAACAUCUGAUCGCAGCUUAAAAGCUGAAUUGACAGAUGUUUUACA